AUGACCGUCACCGGAAAGACCAUUGCCCUCGUCAUCGGCAGCACCCGCACCCCGCGCCUCAGCCCUCACAUCCACAACUUCAUCAAGACCGAGUAUCUCGAGCCCGCCGCCGCCGCCACCGCAGGCCAGGUGCGCCUCGAGACGGUUGACCUCGCCGACCACCGGCUGCCCAUCUUUGACGAGCCGUCGCACCCUGCCGGCCGGCCCAAGGACGACCCGACGCCCGCCUACGCCCACGAGCACACGCGCCGCUGGUCCGCCCUCAUCCGCCGCUACGACGCCUUUGUCUUCUUCACCCCCGAGUACAACGGCAGCAUCCCUGCCGGCCUCAAGACCGCCAUCGACGCCCUCUUCCACGAGUGGAGCGGCAAGCCCGCCGGCAUCGUCUCCUACGCCGGCCGCGGCGGCGCCUCGGCCGCCGGCCACCUCCGCACCGUCCUCGGCGUUGUCGGCUUGCGCGUCGCCCCCACGGCGGUCGCGGUGCCGGCCGGGGCCAAGACGAUGGCCAGCUUUGACGCGGACGGCCGACCGCGCGCCGAGGACCUCGAGCGCUGGGCGGAGGCGCAGGUGGCGGAGAAGAGCAAGGCGCUGCUCGGUGAGAUCGUCGCGCAGCUAAAUGAGCCUGCAGCCAAGUAG